AAAUUCCAAAACCCUCACAAACUCUCACACUAAGAGAGAGAGAGAGAGAGAGAGAAAGAGAGAGGGAGCCUAUAAUCGAAGAAAAUGUCAGGUUGGGACGAAGGAGCCGUCUACUACAGCGACCAAGCCCACUCAUGGCACGACGGCAACCGCCCCGGCGACCCCGACGCCACCGCAUCCAACCACACCAUCCAACAGAAAUUCAAGGAGUUCAUUCGCAACUUCAGUAAGAACGGUCUCUUCCCUUACAGACAAAACCUCCUCGACAACCCUAAGUUCCUCCUUGUCAGAUUUGAAGACCUCGACGAAUUUGCUCCCGAACUCUCCCCUAAGCUCGAGUCUUCCCCCGCCGACUUCUUGCCCUUGUUCGAAAGCGCCGCGGCGCAGGUUUUGGGGAGUUUGAAGACUAAAGUCACUGGCGACACCGGAGAGCUGGAAGAUCAGGUUGCCGGCGAUGUCCAGAUUCUGCUUACUUCCGACAAGGAUCCUGUAUCCAUGAGGUCGCUCGGGGCUCAAAACAUAUCGAAGCUUGUUAAAAUUGCUGGGAUUACUAUAGCUGCAUCAAGGACUAAGGCAAAGGCAACUUAUGUUACCUUAGUAUGUAAGAACUGCAAGAAAGGGAAGCAAAUUCCGUGCAGGCCAGGACUUGGGGGAGCAGUUGUUCCUCGAUCAUGUGAUCAUAUUCCUCAGGCUGGAGAAGAACCAUGCCCAAUUGACCCAUGGCUUGUGGUUCCUGACCAGAGCCAGUAUGUUGAUCAACAAACAUUGAAACUGCAAGAAAACCCAGAGGAUGUUCCAACCGGUGAGCUACCUAGAAACCUGCUCCUCUCUGUUGAUCGUCAUCUAGUUCAAACAGUGGUACCUGGCUCAAGAUUGACAGUCACUGGAAUCUUCAGUAUUUUCCAAGCUUCCAACUCUGCAUCUAACAAAGGAGCAGUGGCAGUUAGACAACCAUAUAUCAGGGUUGUAGGAAUGGAAGACACAAAUGAAGCCAAGUCUGGUGGUCCUUCUGCGUUUACACCAGAAGAGAUAGAAGAAUUCAAAAAGUUUGCAGCUGAACCUGAUGCUUAUAAAAAUAUAUGCUCCAAGAUUGCUCCCUCAAUAUUUGGGCAUGAUGACGUCAAGAAGGCUGUGGCCUGUCUUCUUUUUGGUGGGUCAAGAAAGAACUUGCCAGAUGGAGUGAAGUUAAGAGGUGAUAUCAAUGUGUUGCUUCUUGGGGAUCCAUCUACAGCAAAAUCACAGUUUCUGAAGUUUGUUGAAAAGACAGCUCCUAUUGCUGUCUAUACUUCCGGGAAAGGCUCAUCAGCUGCUGGUCUCACAGCUUCUGUAAUCAGAGAUACCAGCACUCGUGAGUUUUACCUUGAAGGAGGGGCUAUGGUCUUGGCAGAUGGAGGCGUUGUCUGCAUUGAUGAAUUCGACAAGAUGAGACCAGAAGAUAGGGUCGCCAUCCAUGAAGCCAUGGAACAACAAACUAUAUCUAUAGCUAAAGCAGGAAUAACUACAGUUCUUAAUUCUAGGACUUCUGUUCUUGCUGCUGCUAAUCCUCCAUCUGGACGAUAUGAUGAUCUUAAGACUGCACAGGAUAACAUUGAUUUGCAGACAACCAUUCUUUCUAGAUUUGAUUUAAUAUUUAUUGUGAAAGACAUCAGAAUUUACAGUCAAGACAAGAUCAUAGCUAGUCAUGUCAUAAAGGUCCAUGCAUCAGCUGAUGCAACCGCUAGUGAGAACAGGGUUUCUAAAGAAGAGAAUUGGCUGAAGAGGUAUUUACACUAUUGUCGGACUGAAUGCCACCCUCGUCUAUCAGAAUCUGCUGCAACAUUACUGCAGAACAAUUAUGUGAAAAUCAGGCAGGAUAUGAGGCAGCAAACCAAUGAAACUGGAGAAGCUGCUGCAAUACCAAUUACAGUAAGGCAGCUGGAAGCUAUUGUUAGGUUGAGUGAGGCACUUGCCAAAAUGAAACUAUCUCAUGUUGCUACUGAGGAGCAUGUGCAAGAAGCAAUAAGGCUUUUCACCGUGGCUACAAUGGAUGCUGCUCGGUCUGGAAUACACCAACAAAUCAGUCUCACACCAGAAAUGGCAAAUGAAAUAAAGCUAGCAGAAACUCAGAUAAAGAGAAGAAUUGGGAUUGGAAACCACAUAUCAGAAAGAAGGCUUAUUGAUGACCUCAACAGAAUGGGAAUGAAUGAAUCCAUUGUGAGAAGAGCUCUUGUGAUCAUGCACCAGAGAGACGAAGUAGAGUACAAGCGAGAAAGGCGCGUUAUAUAUAGGAAAGCAUGAUAUAUAUGCUUUCGAUCCACUGCUAGGUUGUAACUCAUCGUUUAGACUAAUAGUUCUCUUGUAAUAUUUUUCUUUAUAUUUAUUCAUAUAUUUCCCGUAGAAGGGUCCUUGUAAGCUUUUUUUUGUUUUAAUUGCUGUGACGUGUUAUUGCGAAGUUUUUUCUUGUGAUUUUAAGGUGAUAGGUUUAAGUCA